UGAUUUUCUUUGUCUCGGCGGAAGCUGCCGAUGGAGCACGAGCAGCCGGGCGCCGAGCAGCGGGAGGUGGAGCGGGAGCACGGCCGCUACAUGGAGCGCCGGGCGGUGGCCAGAGAGCAGCUGGCGCAAAUAGAGGAGCACAAGCAUCUGGCAGACCUGGCCAAGCAGGAAAACAAAAGAGAAGGUGAAAAAAUACAAAGGCAGAGCCAGUUGUACCAAAUGGAAAUUCAGAGAGGAAAAGAAGAGGAACGGGAGGAGAAACUUGAACACCAGAGGCAGUAUCAUGAGCAUGCAGCUGAACGGCAAAAAAUUAAAAAUGAAGAGAAAGAAAAAGAAGACAAAGAGGAUGAUCAAAUUAGGGCUUAUGUUAAAGGAAAAGAACUGAUGGCUGAUCUGAGAAGAGAGAAAGAUGCAGAGACUUGCAGACUAAUUGAGGAGCAUCAGGACAAAGCUUGUAAAAAACUAACUGCACAGAUGAACAAGGCAUUGAGGAUGGAAGAUGAUCGUCUUGAUCGAGCAGCUGCAGAGGUAGAAGAUAAGUACCAAGUGAAAAACAAAGAGAAAGAAGCAAAAAAAAAGGCUGCCAUUGAAUCUAUUGCUGAAUACAGAACCACUGACGCAAAGAUGAAAUUGCAGAAGGAGAAAGAAGAAAAAGCAGAGGGUGAGAAGGACCGCAGUCAGUGGAUAACCGAUGAUCGUAUCUACCUGGAAAUGGAAAAAGCUAAGAAAGACAAACAACAUGAUGCAAAUGUAGAAUUACAGAAGUUUCGACUCCAGCAAAUGGCAGAGAAACAGGAAAAAAAACAGCAGGAAAAACAAGCGGACUUGGACUACGAUGCUCGGAGAGAAGCCACUUUUCAUUAAGAGAGAAGAUGAAGACUAACAAUGUGUCACAAAUGCAUGUAACUUUUAUUUUACCCUCUAAGCAUCCAGGAUGCUCCAAGCAUCCAACAAGGCUCAGAUUUAGGCCUCCUAAGUAGUUUGCUUUUUUUUGUUUUUUUUUUGUUUUUUUUUAAUUUAAUUUAAUUUUAUUUUUUAAAAUCAAAAUUAGCAUGGGAUACUGCUGGAACUCAGCUACCUCAGUGUGACUGAGCUACUUCUUCAGAAAAUUAUAAAUAAACAUGGAGGGUAUCCAGCAAAAAUUCAUAAAAUAUCAGCUGAAGAUUACCAAAUUAGUUUUUGCUAACUGGAAAAGUAAACAAGUGUGUUGUUUUUUUUUUAAUAUACUAAAUAAAUAAAAGGCUUGUGUAGCACUAUCCACAUUCUUCCUUGGCAAAUGUAUGCGAGCUGCUGUCAAACACUGAGCAAAUUCUUGGAAAUGGGCAGGAAUGUUGUGACUUGUGUUUCCCCCGUGUCCUAGAAUGCAGCCAGGACUCUGAGCAGUCCCAGGUAUUGCUGUGAGCUGCUGAGCUCUUUCUGGACGGCAGGACAUGGCUAAAUACAGCUGAUUCUUUGUAUCCACUUGUAAGGGGCCGUGCUUUUUACACUAUUGCCUCAAAGUUUGCUGAAGAUCAUAGAAUCAUAGAACUACCCAGGUUGGAAAAGACCUUGAAGAUCAUAAAGUCCAACCACAGCCUAACCAUAGUGCUCUAACUCUAACAACCCUCUGCUAAAUCAUAUCCCUGAGCACCACAUCCAAACAGCUGUUAAACACAUCCAGGCAAGCCCUGGUCAGGGAUUGAGAUAUCCUUUGUCUGAGGGUAACAGAUGGACAAGUCCAGGGGCAACAAGAGAGAGAUAAGCUGCAGAUGAAUGGCCGUGAAGUGGUCUUUUGUGUGUGCUUAUCUCAAGGAAGAUGGCCAUCUCAGGGGUACUCACAUGACUCUGACCCAAGCCCCCAGGAAUGUCAUGUAGGCAGGGAAGAAAGAUAAAAAGAGCAUGGACAAACCUUGAAGUUAGGUUUUCUGACAUCAGAUGCCUCACUACGUGACACCUGCAUGCUGAAGAAGCUCUUGAAUGCUGAAGAACUUCAAGAUAGGUACCUGGCUUCAGAUACCUCUACUGUUGCCCUAUUGUUGCCAACGGACUCUCCUGGGCUUGCUGCUUGAGACUCUGCUCCGUGAGACCUCGCUGCUCCUUCCACCGCCUGCUCUGCUGCUUGUGGCCUGCCACUCUGCUGCUGCUCUCCCCGGUGCCUAUUUUGCCCCAGACCAAAGAAACGACGUGUGACAGGACACUGCUGCAUUCAGGUGGUGGCUAUCCCUGCUUUACACAAUUAUUGCCCUUUUCCUACCUUUCCUAUCACCCACUUUCCCAUCCCCAUCAACCUAAUCUUGGUGUUCACUUCUCUCCCUUCCCCACCCCCUCAGCUGACUAUUAUUUCUAAUAAACUGGUUGGAACAACA